UUAAACAUAACCGCGGGAUCGAAUGCAGCAAGACAGCAGCCCUAUGUAGCUGUUCUUGAAGGCGAAGAGCGGAAAACCCCAAUCGGAGGGAUUGAAAAUAGCAGUAAAAGAGUCAAAAAACAGAUCACAACAAUGGAGAACAAAGACAAGAUCAAAGUAGUAGCGGCAAUCGCUUGUUUAGCUGUUAUCUCAGUCUUCAUCACUACUCAAUAUCGAAGAAAACGUCGAGCAUUCAAAACUUCUUCGAAGAAACUUUGUUAUAUAGAGACUGAGCAGAAACCACAGAGCAUCUUCAAACGUGUCUUGGCCGACAACUCCUAUACUCCAUUCAAACAUUUCAAACGAAACGAAGCAAACAAUGAGCAUUCUUUGAACUCGCAUCCAUAUGAAGAAGAGAUUACUGCUCUGUUGGAAAAUCCUAAGGUUGAGUUCGAGUUUAUUACUGGUGACUUCGAUCUGGAAAUCAAUGGUUCUGCCGUUUGGGUGGAGACUGAGUCUCAAUUAGAGGAGCUUGUAAAAGUCUUGAGUAAGGAGCGUGUCUUUGCUGUGGAUACGGAACAAAAUAGUCUACGUUCCUUUUUAGGGUUCAUAGCUCUGGUGCAGAUUUCUACUCAAAAAGAAGAUUAUCUUGUGGAUACAAUUGCUCUUCACGAUGCAAUGGGCAUCCUUCGCCCUGUUUUUGCUGAUCCUGAUAUUUGUAAGGUCUUUCAUGGUGCUGAUAAUGAUGUUCUCUGGCUGCAAAGGGACUUUCAUAUAUAUGUUGUAAACUUAUUUGAUACUUCAAAGGCAUGUGAGGUGCUGUCAAAACCAUACAAGUCAUUGGCAUAUUUACUUGAAACAUAUUGUAGUGUGACCACAAACAAAAUGUUACAGCGUGAAGACUGGAGACUUCGCCCACUUUCAGUAGAGAUGGUUCAGUAUGCUCGAGUUGAUUCUCACUAUCUGUUAUAUAUUGCGGAUCGUCUGGCCAGUGAACUCAAAAUAAUAGACAGUGCUUGUACUGGUGACAAAUUUCAAUUUAUUCUCGAAGCUAACCGACGUUCAAACAUGGUCUGCCUGCAACUUUUUGCAAAAGAGAUCGAACCUUUUCCUGGAGAUUCCUCUGCAUCAUCGAUACUUUCUCGUCAUUUUAAUGUACAGGGAAGUAUUUCAUCAAAAUGCCAUGAACCAAAGGAACUUGUGAGGCGAGUAUGCCUAUGGAGAGAUUUGAUGGCUCGUCUUCAUGAUGAAAGCUUGAGAUAUGUAUUAUCAGAUCAAGCCAUUGUUGCUCUUGCACAUGAAGCUCCCAAGACUCCAACAGAAAUAUAUGACAUCAUACAUCACGCUGAUUUGAAUUUGGAUGGUUUAACUAUUGGUUCUUCCCUCCCAUCUCCAUCUCCUGUUGUUUGCAGUCAUCUGGAGGACUUUGAUUACCUCCUCCAGGAGAAAACGCGCAAUCUAGAUGAUGAUUUUGUCAGGAUUCUUCAAAAUCAUCUAGGCCAAAAUGCGAGUUGUCCACUUUCUGUUUAUAAUUAUGCCCUAUUAUCGGUGUCCAGCUUGAAAACAGCAAAUGUAAUAUUUCUUAAAAAAGAUGGAGGUAAAACAAUGAAACAGGUUGGUCGGAAGGCUUCCCGAGAUCUGUUUGUACAAAAAUUCUCCUGCAAGGCUCCAGUUUAUCAUAACUGUAGGAUUCAUGCAAGUGAUGGUCGGUUGCUUUGUUAUUGUGAUCGCAGAAAGCUUGAGUGGUAUAUUCGUCGGGAUCUGGCAAAACUCAUUGAUAAUGAUCCCCCAGCUAUAAUGCUUCUGUUUGAACCCAAAGGUCGUCCAGAAGAUGAAGGCAACGAUUUUUAUAUCCAAAGUAAAAAGAAUAUAUGUGUUGGUUGUGGUGAAAGGAAUCAUUAUUUACGCUACCGCAUAAUACCCUCAUGCUACAGAAUACACUUUCCUGAGCAUUUGAAAAGUCACCGUUCUCAUGACAUCGUCCUUCUUUGUGUGGACUGUCAUGAAGUUGCUCAUUCUGCUGCUGAGAAAUACAAGAGACAAAUAGCUGCAGAAUUUGGAAUUCCACUUUUCGUUAGAAAAGUGGCUGAUUCAAGACAAACCCAAGCUAUAACAGGGACAUCUGGAUUUGUGGAGAACCUUGAGGAAGCAGGUGUGUCUCCUUUGCAGUUACGAAUUGCAGCUAUGGCUCUACUUCGCCAUGGACCAAGAAUGCCAUCCGAACGCCGUGAAGAGCUGAAACAGGUUGUCAUGAAAUACUUUGGAGGUAGGGAAAUAUCAGAGGAAGAUUUAGAAAGAGCUCUGUUGGUUGGUAUGAGUCCUCAUGAGAGAAGAAGACUUGAGAAGAAAAGGGGAUUGUCUUUCAAACAUUCAUUAGGGAGUGUCCUUUCAAAUGAGGCCCAUGGGAAUAAUUACAAAGAUAAUGGCGCAUCUGCUUUGGUGGAAACAUCAGAAGUUAAUAUUUCUGAUGACAUAUGUAGUCACGAAAAAGGUGAAUGUAGCAAACAAGGAGGUGAAAAUCUUCUGAAGGAAAUAGAUACUAGUGCAAGUAAUAUGCCCAUGUGUUCUGAUUUAAGUGUCAAUAGGGGAUCAUCUACUGGGGGUGGUGAGGAUGAUGCUAGGAGAAUGUUUGAGGGUGAAAAUGAUAUGGAAACUGGUAGUGAUCAUGAAAGUAGGUCAUCAAAUGGAAAUGGUGAUUGUUGUCCUCCAAGACUCACAGAAAUUGCCUCUCCCAAUCACAACUCAAAGUUAUCAGUGUUAGGACAUGGUCCCCAUGGUAAACAAGUGGUUGAUCAUAUAUUAAAGGAGCAUGGAGAAGAUGGCAUUCGGCAAUUUUGCCAAAGGUGGAGACAAGUCUUUGUGGAUGCCAUUAACCCCCGUUUCUUACCUGUUGGUUGGGACAUUAAGCACAGGAUUUAAUAUUGGAACACUAUUUUUGCCAGCGGAAGAAGGGACUUCGGUGAAUACAGUGUAUACAAUCCUGCGAAAAUACUUGAAACCGGGGUUCAGGUCUGAAUAAAUAUUCAGAUCACACUUCUAGGUGAGGGAGAUGGGACGCAGAGCAGACCAUGUGAUUGCCUAUGCCACGUAAAUUAUUUGGAAGAUGAGCUGCUUUGUUUCUUCUAAUCCUAAUACUGGAUCGUUCUAUAACUGAGGUACAAGAGCGAACACUUUGACCUUAAUCUCUUUAAUUUUCAUGUUUCUCUGUUACAAAAUUAAUAGUUUUACUCAACUAACAAUUUGGAACCCCAUUUCAUUUGCUCUAAGUAAUUGCCUUGUGGAUUGGCUUGCGCAGGAGAUUUUUAUUUCUCUAACAGAGACUACAUUCUUUGG